AAUAAUAUAUAAAAUAAAAAAAACGUCAUAAAUUAUAAUUUUUCAAAUGUAUAAAAACAAAAAUACAAAACAGAGGAUAGAAAUAACAUCAAGCAGCUCCUAAAUUUCGUGCGUGUACUGGGCCUUUAAGCUUGUGAAGAAGAAUUGAGCUUCUCCGGCCCAAAGACCUGGCCCAAAACAGACAUUCUUGGGCUCCAGGCCUCAACGGCUUGACACCUAACGAGGCCCAGAAUUAUGACCAAGCGGCCCAAUCCCCAUUGAAAAUAUCCACGAGUUCUGGUGCGAUAAUUAGAGGACACGAAAUUAUCCAAUUUGUCGCGAGAACAAGAACAGUUGUUCAUGUGAAGAAGCAGAUAAGGGGCGCCCCACGAGACACUCCAUGUGAUAGAAGCACUGUUGAUCGGACGGCCACAAAUGCAUCUGAAACAAAUCGGAACCGUCGAUCUCAACUUUAAUCAUUGACCUUUCAGUAACUUUUUUACCAGUCAACUUUUGACCACACAAGACACAAUCACUCCAUCAAAACCUUAUCUCUUUCUACAGUAGCGAAACAGUUCUCAUUCCCUCUGUCACUCUCUCUCUAGCUUUCUCUCUCUAGCCCUCCCUAGAUUCUCUCCAAGCUUGUUCCUUGCGGGAGUUGGGGGUCUCAGAUCUGCCAUUGCUAGAGAGAAAUAAAGCUUAGAGCUUUGAUUGAGGUCACCAUUUUUUUUCUUACUUUCUCUAGAAAGCCGAUAAUAGAUUCUCAGAUCACUUGCUGUUGAACAACUAGUAAACGGGAAAGUUCUGAUAGCUUCAGAUCACCGCAUCUCUCUCGCACUCUCGCCCUCUCUCUCUCUCGGUCCAGAUGCAAAUUGAUUUCUGCAGAAUCAAAGCUUCAAUGGGGUGCACCUUUCCAGAAGAGGUGUUGGAACACGUUUUGUCCUUCAUUGACUCGCACAGCGACCGGAACGCGGUCUCGUUGGUCUGCAAAUCGUGGUACGACGUGGAGCGGUGGAGCCGGCGGAAGGUGUUCAUAGGCAACUGCUAUGCCGUGAGCCCUGCGAUAGUGAUCAGACGCUUUACGGACCUCCGAUCGGUGUCGCUCAAGGGGAAACCUCAUUUCGCGGACUACAAUUUGGUCCCGGAGGGCUGGGGAGCGGAUGCGCUCCCUUGGAUCGCGGCGUUGGCCGACGCGUACCCGUACCUGGAGGAGCUGAGGCUUAAGCGUAUGGUUGUGACUGAUGAAACUUUAGAAUUGAUCGCCCGAAAGUUUAAGAAUUUUAGGGUUUUGGUGUUGAGUUCUUGUGAAGGGUUCUCCACGGAUGGAUUGGCUGCCAUUGCUUCCAAUUGCAGGUAUUUAAAAGAGCUGGAUUUGUCAGAGAGUGAGGUGGAGGAUAUGAGUGGAAACUGGCUUAAUGAAUUCCCUGAUUCUUACACGUCACUGGAAUCACUUAACAUUUCCUGCCUGAGCUCUGAAGUGCGAUUCACUGCCUUAGAGCGCCUAGUUAGUAGGUGUUCCAACCUUAAGUCACUCCGGCUCAACCGCACAGUGCCCCUUGAAAAGAUACCCAAUCUCCUUCAAAAGAUCCCACAGCUGGCUGAGUUGGGUACAGGCUUAUAUGCAGCAGGACUGCACCCUGAAGUAUGCUCAAAUCUUGUGGGGGCUUUUGCUGGCUGCAAGGGGCUCAAUAGCCUCUGUGGGUUUUGGGAUGCAGACCCAUAUUACCUUCCAGCUAUCUACUCAAUCUGCUCUGGUCUUACCUGCUUGAACUUGAGUUAUGCCACCAUCCAAUCUCCUGAUCUCAUCAAGCUGCUGAGCCAGUGCCGGAAUCUGCAGCGCCUUUGGGUGCUGGAUUAUAUUGAAGAUAGUGGCCUUGAUGUCCUUGCAAUGUCUUGCAAGAACCUGCAGGAAUUGAGAGUGUUUCCUUCUGACCCAUUUGGUCUGGAGCCGAAUGUCUCAUUGACUGAACAAGGCCUUGUUGCUGUUUCUAUGGGAUGCCCCAAGCUUCAGUCAGUACUAUAUUUCUGCCGCCAAAUGUCCAAUGCUGCCUUAUGUACCAUUGCUGCAAACCGCCCCAACCUAACUCGCUUCCGCUUGUGUAUCAUUGAGCCCAAGUGUCCUGACUACCUUACUCUAGAGCCACUUGAUGUGGGUUUUGGUGCUAUUGUUGAGCACUGCAAGGAUCUUAAACGCCUUUCGCUUUCUGGUCUCCUUUCAGAUCGUGUUUUUGAGUACAUAGGGACCCAUGCCAAGAAGCUAGAAAUGCUUUCACUGGCUUUUGCUGGUGAUAGUGAUUUGGGUCUCCAUCACAUUCUCUCAGGGUGCAAAAACCUUCGCAAGCUGGAGAUUAGGGAUUGCCCCUUUGGUGACAAGGCCCUCCUUGCCAACGUAGAAAAGCUGGAGGCAAUGCGAUCCCUUUGGAUGUCUUCAUGCAAAGUCAGUUACAAAGCUUGUAAACUGAUAGGCCAGAAGAUGUCGAGAUUGAAUGUUGAGGUUAUCAAUGAGGCAGAAACUCUAGAUUCAAGGACUGAUGCAUUCCCUGUUGAUAAGCUUUAUAUUUAUAGGACAGUUGCAGGACCCAGACCAGACACGCCAGGUUUUGUCUGGACUAUGGAAAAAAGCUCCGCUUUGAGGUUUUCUUAGCAGUUUACUGUUAUCCAUAAGAAUUCAUAAAUGCCUUCAGUGAGAGAGGUAUUGCAGGUGUGACCUUUAUUAUUUUCUCUUGAUUCAAAAUUGUGUUUUCAGUUGCUUAGAAUAAUUUAUGCGACAGGAACAGCUUUGCAUUGUUGAGUAAGAAAUAAAAUUAGCAUGUAAUGCUUGAGUGUUUUUUUGUCUGAUUUCUCAACCAAUUUGUGGACUUAGGCAAAGACAAUCAGUUAUUAUUAAUAUAUGAAAUACUGAUUUUUCUUUUUACAUGUUCCAUCAUACUGUGUAUUUGACAUGUAUUUGUAUUUCAUCUGUUCUGCUAGUCUGUAGGUACUUUCAAGCUAUUUUCAUGGGAGUCCUAGAGUAAUGCACUGUUCAUUGAAAGUCCUUAUUUACAAUCUUGAUUUAGAGUUGCAUCUUGCCUUUGUUCUAGUUGCAUUAUAACUUGUUUGAUGUCGAACAAAUAUUGACGGUACAACUUGUUUAACCUUUUCUGGAUAUAAUUACUUAACCACUACAAAAUUUGAUGGUAUUUGGUCUAUAUGCAUGCACAUGAAGUACGCAGGUUUUGAAAUGUUUUUUUAAUCCCGAACAGUAUAGUUUUUUACCUGUCGAAUCAAAGUCUAUGUAGUUUUGAUCUUUAAACUCCAUACGUCAGUGAGCCAAAAACUAUAUGUAGCUGUCCACUGAAACAAACUAAAGCUGUGCUUUUAUUCUGCCUUUUUUAUUAUGAAAGUACUUUUUUUUCCUAAUUAAUUAGCUUUUUUUCUGUAAAAUUGUUUUAGGACAAUUUUAGUGUGGGUGUCACAAAUUAAAGUCAGUGUCCUACAGUGGGAUUUUUCUUUUUGGUUCCUUCUUCCAAGUUGCAAAUAUUUUCUGAACCUUCUGAUUUGAGAUAUUCUUGAUGCAGUCAAUGAUGUGUAGUGGCCUCUUAAGACUAGUCAUGCAAGUGUCAUUCAGAAUUCACAAACCCAAAUUUAAGUUCAUAUUGAGGCACUAGGACAUUACUUGUCUAACAUUACAAAGUUCUAAGUAAUUUAAGUUCCAUGAUUGGAAAAUGAUGUGCAUCUUCCUCAACUCCCCAUCCCAGCUGUGCCGCUCGCAGGUUUAUUUUCCAGCAUUGAAGGUAAGUGGAGCUAGAUUAUCUUAUAGAGGCCACCCCAUUAUGGCAAGAAAUUGGUUAAUUUGGAGCACGAAAGUGAUAAUUUUUGGGGAUAAUCUUUGGAGCAUGAAUUCACUACGAGCAGCAGUGAAAAGAAAGGAGGUCACCCCUCCAAGGUGUUGGUGUCUCCUUAUGUUACAGCUCUAAGACUUAUGGUGCAGAAUACAGAAAGCAGUUAAUGAUUUGUGAUUGACAUCUCUGAAUUUUUUCACCAAAUCUUGUAUAGAAAUCCUCAUGUUUACAGGGGGAUUGGAUUUUUACUAAUAUUUGCGUUUAAACAUUGCCUAUAGCCUCACCAAAUCCCUUGAAAGUGGAUUCUACAGACUGUAUCAGCCUCCAUAGGGAUCUUUCAUAAUCUGAGAGCAGGAGUUGCAAUGUAGCUUACAGCCUCAGGGAAUCCUUUGCAAGCCAGCAUUCUCACUUCUGCUUGCCCAGGUGCUACACCGCAAAUACAAAAAUCAGGCCUACGCCCCACCAAUGCAUUUUUACAUCCUGCAGCUUUGGCAGAUGACUUCAUCUUCAGGGCAAGUGUAUGAAGCUCUACUCAUUUCUGGCCAUACCAUUGAAAGAGUGUAUUUUCUUCACUAUGGCAGGAUGUGGGGCAGUCAUGGUCAAGGUUAUAAUUCUUAUGUGGGUUGUUGAAGUGAAGAUCAAGAGGGUUGGACAGACUAUCUUCAGGAGGAGACUAAAAAUUCAUAAACUAUCAAAAACUAGUAGAAUGACCAUCACCAUGUUACCGUGUAGAUGAAGUUAUUAAAACAAAUUUGAAGUUGUAUAAGUACUUGUUAUGCAUGAUUAUUGAUUUAUUUGUUAUUAUUAUUAUUAUUAUUAUUAUUA